UAAAUUAUUCUUCAUACUUGUAUAGGUAAUUUCAUCAAAUGUAUCUAUCCAAAGCAGGAGUAUGAAAUCCUCAAGUCAAAUAACGUCGUCAUUUACAGGAGGAAGAUCAGUUGUUCAAAACCACUAAAAAAUUUCAGUCUCUCCACUUCAAAGCAACUUCUCAGCUUCUUCUUCUUGCUCUACAUUCUCCCCCUUUUCGCGAUUUGCCCUAACGGUUCAAUCUGUGGGAAAACCUAAAUCUUUUCUCAAUACCCCACGUUAAUGUCCGGUUAGGGAACACCCAUAAUUUGUUUCUUCACUGAGGUAAAGAAGUCGAGGUUGUUGUUCGAGAGGACUUCCUAUUAUGGCGAAGAUAGCCGCGCGUGGCGCAUCAACUACUGCUUCGCUACAAAUCGGUGGGGACGCCCUCAAAGUUGGUCCAACAGUUAAAAGGAAGACCCCUUCGGAACUCAGAGGGGAGCAGCUUAAGCAGACCAAUGUGUCUGAGCUUCUUAAUAAAUCUUUGGCCACAAGUGAGAUGGAUAAUUCAUUCAAAAAGUCAGAUCCACCAAGGAAUCCUAGAUAUAUUCACACCCGUAUAGAUGAAGUAUUUCCUGCUAAGAAAUCAAGGUUCAAACUGCUUUCAGGGAAAGAGAAUGCCAAGGAAAAUAGUUCAAUUGAGCUACCUAUCAGCCUAAAGAAAAUCUCUGCUCUUUCAAAUUCAGUGGCUGUGAGAAGGCAACAAAUUUCAUGUUCACAGAAUUCUGUUGCUUCUGUUGAUGUUCCCAAUGGCCAUAGAACACUUGAAAAUUAUAGUCAGGGUACAUUUCUUAGUGUUGCUGAGCUUUCAUCAGGGGGUCAAAAUUUAUCAGGCUUGGCAACUGUUGACAUGGAUAAAGCAUUGAAAGGACUAGCUGUUUGUGAAUCAAUCCCAACUAGACCUCUCGAAUCUUCUGAAAAUUUUGGUGAUCUUUCAUCUGGAAACUUCUGCACUGAAUUCCAUGUGACUGGCCAGAAGAUUCCUCUGGAUUUUACUUUGAAAACUUAUAUGCGAUUGGUGUCUUCAUCCUCAGUGAAUUGGUUAAAUAGGUCAAUGAUGUGUGCUACUUACAAUGGUAUGCCUCAAUUAACAACCAAUUCUGAUGCUUCAAAUGAUCAGAAUAUUAUCAGUGCUUCACAGACCAGACUGGGUUCUCAAGUUUUGAACUCUAAAACAUUACAUUCAUGGAUUUAUCCUCAAUCUACCUUACCACCAUCUCUCAUGUCAAUAUUGAUCUCAGCGGCAGUAGAUGGAGUGGAAAUGGAUUUCUUAAGAAAGCGAAUCGGAGCAUGGGAGGAGUCAUUUCGGAGUCUUUACUAUAUGUUUCGGCAAAAUGUUUGUAGCCUAUUUUAUGUGCGCACUUCACAUUUUGUGCUAAUGUUUGCUUCUUUUGAUGGUCCGGGAAGUAGAAGAUCGUACCAAGCUUAUAUCUCCCAGUCAACCAGAGGUUUGAGGUCGUCUAAAAGAACAUCUCUGUUUAUGUGGUUGCUAGUUCAGUGUAUUGAUUGCUUUAGUAAAACACACAGACACAAGUAUCUGGAUGUUUCUUUUUCAAUGCCUCUUUGCCAUUCUCAAGUAGAACAAGUGACUACCGAAGAUCUCGUAGAGCUUUCAGAAAUGGAGAAGCAUAAUUUGGGCCAGACUCGACACAUGAAUUCCUUCUCUGAUGUUGAUAAUACUCCAGAGUCUUUGCUGGCUUUCAGUGGAAAUCAGAAUGUACAUGGUUUGUAUGAGAUUUUGUUAAAUUAUAGAUCUUUCUUGACCUUUUUAAAUGCUGUGGAUGUGCCAGUAUUAUGGUCUCCUGUACCAUUUCAACAUGCAUCUCUUUCUGCUCCAGAGGUUAUAUGCAUGGAGAUUAAAAGAGCUGAUCAUGGUACUGCUCUUCCCCAAGGAUUCACCUUGAAUGAAGGUCAUUCCAUGCCAAUUUCAUCUGCUGGCCUUUGUUACAGUGUUGAAAUCAAAGAUUCACAUAUUCCCCCUUGGAUUAUCAGCAACAUGUGUGCUCUAAUGGCAUCUAAAGGACAAAGCUUUGAAGCAAGCUUUACAACGGAGCAUACUUCAGUUGGCUUAAAUAUUGCUCUCGGGGUGGUUUCCCAGAUAGCUGAUAGUGAUACCACAGUCAGUGAGGACUCGCAAGAAAUAGCCAAUGAAUUCGGUAUUCCUGAAACUAUUAUUUCUCCUCAUUUACAUUCAGGUCUCCUGAAGGGCUUGAGAUAUUGCAACGAGUCUUAUACAGCUUCUCUCUCACCUGUAUGACAUUUCAGUACUCGUAUUUUCGAGUAAACUAUAUUUUGUUGUCGAUGCUUCGAGUAAACUAUAUUUUGUUGUCGAUGCUUCGGUGUUCCCUGGUCUGAUUUUGCUGAUUACAAUAGUGAAGUAACAGUUAUUGGAGAUAAGAAGAAAUAGCCUGAACUCCGGGAACUUUGCUUUCGGGUUUACCAAAGGGUCUGAGCUACCGGAACAGGUUCAUAAACGGCGA